CAGUGAUCCUAUGUUCCAUGAAGGCGUCCCUCUAGGUGAUAUUUUGAUUCCAAAAGGAGAAGAGGAACUGGAGGAGGGAGAUGAAGAAGAUGAAUCAGAACGAGCCGUUUUGAACUUCAGGAAGUACGGAGGCAACAAAUGGCCUAAUGGUGUCGUCCCCUUUGCCAUAGCUAAUAACCACUACAAUAAUGCUCAGAGGGCUACCAUUUACAAUGCCAUCAAUGACUACAAUGCAAAAAAUACCGGCACUAGAUUCGUACCACGCAGCAAUCAAAGAGAUUACGUCAUGAUAUUCAGUGGAAAUGGGUGCUAUUCCUACUUAGGAAGAAUUGGAAAUCAGCAAGCGCUGUCCCUGCAACGCAAUGGAUGCGUACACCACGCAAUCGUUCAACACGAAAUGAUUCACGCUGUCGGAUUCACCCACGAACAGAAUCGUCCGGACAGAGACCAUUUCGUCCGUGUUCUCUGGGAGAACAUACCCCGAGAAUGGCAUUCGCAAUACCGAAAAGGCAAUUCUGGAGAUUGGGUCACAACCACAAAUUACGACUACUACUCGGUGAUGCACUAUGGAAUGAGAGCGCCCGGAACAGGACGCAGGGCAUUCCAGAUCCUGAGGGGAGGCAUCGACGAGAGGUACGUCGGACAGAGAGGAGGCAUGACGGGUCUGGAUGUGCAGAAGAUCAGAAACGCAUACAGGUAGAACACAGAAAAUGGACGUCCCCUCAAGUCGAGUAUUAAUAACCUAAGCUGAAGGUUAUUAAUAUUCCGACGCAAUAUGUUUAUGUGCAAUAACUCCACAGAUAAAAUUGUGAAAAUGUUAGAUAAUAAUGUCUUUUUCACAGAAGAAAAUAAAGUUUAU